AUGGCCAAGCCAAGGCCUGUUUUGGCCACUUACAUACGAACUCCAAAAACCCCAGCCGCAGCCCAUCAGACUGGCCCCCAUCAGACAGACUAUGGCAAUAUGGUUAUGAAAACAAACCUGAGUGGGGUUAAGGUUGUUGAAAGUAUAAUAAUAAUUGUGUCCACUGUCCAAAUUCAGUUAUUCAAAUGUUUACUACAAUUUUGCAUUUUAAUCGUGGCUACUUUGGCACAAAUUCAACACAAGGCUGUUUUACAAAAUGAUGCCUACGAACAAACAUUAUCAAACGAUUUCAAGAAUCCAUUUUAUAAAACAGCAAGAAUAAAUGCUGCACUUAAACAAUCCAGUUGGUUAGGACCUGGAGAAGAAUUGGUGUACGAAAGACAAGCUGAAAAGAUUCCACGUUCUCAAAUCUAUUCUGUUCUAUCGCACGCUGGACUGAUCCCACGGAGUAGACAACAAAAACGAAGUUUACGUUAUCAAAGAUUGGUUUAA